GCUCUGACGUGGGGAGGCCCCCUCGAGCGAUCCCGUGGCCGCACGGGGUAUAAAUACGGUGCGGUGGGGGGGGGGUGUUCGACUCACGUCGCCCUACGCAGCACACAAAUCCACGAGCAGGGCGUUUUCCACGCUCACAAUUGCCACCAUCUUCUCCAGACGACAGCAUCGCCAUCGCAGCAGUGAUGGAUCUCGCAGAAGCUCUGCCCUGCAAGGAGGACGAAGGGUCCAAAUGUCACCCUCAACCCAAGGGCGGCGAGCAUAAGCACAAGGAAGGGAAGAAGUGCGAAGGAGAUGGUGACUCGAGCUCCUCCUCCGAUGACAACCACGAGGGGAAGGGUGGUCACGGCAAAGGCCACAAGCAUGGACAGGGCGCUUGUGGAGAUCACAAGAAGCAUAAGGAGCACAAGGAGCACAAAGAGCACAAGGAACACAAGGAACACAAAGAGCACAAGGAUCACAAGGAACACAAGGAUCACAAGGAGCACAAGGAGCACAAGGAGCACAAGGGCAAAGGUUGCAAGGAUAAGGAACAGAAGGAGAAGUGUAAGCACUAAGAGUGCCUACUGAGCGGCUCGUUGCAAAUUGGCUUCGGAGUGGGCAUGCCGUGAGCAGAAAGUACAGGCUGAACGAUGAAUGUGGCUCCUGCCAGUUCCAUUUCGUCCUCGCCUUAUCGUUAAGGCAAACGCCGUUGUGAUUCCUGCAGGAUUAUUAUUACGUUUGACAGAUUCGAAGGCCCCCUUUAUAACUGCCGGCAGUCGCGUAACUACAGGACACAAAUAACUUUUUUUUAUCAGUGAUCGCAUUAUCCCGCGCUCGAAUACCAUCCCGAACGCUGCCAGCUACUUUGUGCUGCCUUGCGCCUUCACUAGAGCUCUUAACCGGGUGUACAGUUGGAGCGUUUCUUUAAACCUUGUGCAGGUAACAAAUGAAUUACAAACUCAGGCAGCGUGAGCUCCACUUAAUAAAACAAAAGCAGCUGUUAGUCUAGAUGCCACUCGUAGCUGUGUUGCAGGAAUUCUAUAACCACUGUUCAGUUUGUAAGGUCUGUUCAAAACAUGUUUGACUCUUGCUAAUUUGCAAUUUGGCCCAAAGCUCUACUCCCAUCAUGGGCAUGACAGAAGCAUUGCUUCUUGAUAUUCUGCUGUAGGCUCCUCCAAGACGUAUCUGUAAUGUAGACCCAAGCUGUCGUUUCCCCCCCACCUCCCCUGCAUGCAUGUUCCCGAUGGGUCUUAUGUUUGAUAUUGGUGAUUGUAAAAGUGUCUCGCAAAAAUAAAAAAGCACCUGUAGUUUCAUUUUUAGCAUUCCCCGUACACUUCUGUAGGAUUUUAAUUUUGAAUUAUUUUGAUGGUAAAAUAAAGGUCGCUUCCAACA